CCUUAAUCUUAAAUUUGUUGGAGUGGCGGCAGGUAAACCUCUGAACCUCCCACCAUUUCCUAAACUGCCAAGCUCUCAAUCCUCUGCUACGGUCCAACUUCUCAACAACCCAUUCUUUGACUCUCCCCUUCAUGAAUGCCAUUCUCUCUCCCAAUUUCCUCAAACACCCCACCAUAAACCACCUCAACAAACUCCCAAUUCUACUAUCACCUUCAUACACCACCACUCCCUCCCCCACCCAGGUCACACUCACCACCAUCAACCAACCUCUCACCUCCCUACAAUGUGGAACCCUAUUACAAUCCCUCACCAACAAAAAAUCCCUCCAGCUCGGCCAACAACUCCACGCCCACACGAUCUCUUCCAACACCCUCCAAAACAACACCUAUCUCUACACCAAACUCGCUGCCUUCUAUGCGAAUUGUGGCCGCCUGGGCGAAGCCCGGGUGAUAUUCGACCGAAUUGUGUUGAAAAAUGUGUUCUUGUGGAACUCCAUGAUUAGGGGCUACGCUUGCAAUGGCCAGUGUACGAAGUCCCUUGUUUUGUACCGCGAAAUGAUGAGUUUUGGGCAAAAGCCAGAUAAUUUUACGUACCCCUUUGUUCUGAAGGCUUGUGGUGAUUUGGGUGUUGUUGAAAUUGGGAGGAGAGUUCACUGUGAGGUGGUUGUUUGUGGGUUUGAGACAGAUGUUUACGUGGGUAAUUGUCUUUUAGCUAUGUACUCAAAGUUCGGGGAAAUGGACAUGGUGAAGAUGGUGUUUGAUAGAAUGCCUGACAGAGAUUUGACUUCUUGGAACACGAUGAUUUCGGGUUACGUGAGGAAUGGGGAGCCGAAAGAGUCAUUUUUGGUGUUUCAAAUGAUGGGGAGAACUGGGUUAGUUGCAGAUUGUGCUACUUUGCUUGGUUUACUCUCUGCCUGCGUUGAUAUGUCAUCAUUGAAACUGGGCAAAGCAAUCCAUGCUUAUGUUGUACGUAAUGAUUUAGCACGCGUUAACGGCUUUCUGAUCAACUCUCUGAUUGAACUGUAUUGUAGUUGUAAUUCUAUGGUGUCUGCAAGGCAAUGUUUCAAGGAGGUGACGUGGAAAGAUACAGUGUCGUGGAAUUUGCUGAUUUCUGGUUAUUCAAAGAAUGCUGAUGCUUUGGAAAGCCUGAGACUUUUUUGUCAAAUGGUUUUGAAGGGAGUGAACCUUGAUCAAGUAACUCUCGUGUCUGUGCUUGGAGCUUGUUAUAAAAUCACAGCCUUGCAGUUCAGCAUGUCUGUUCACUCGUAUAUUAUCAAGCAAGGGUUUAGGUCACAUUCUAUGGUGGGAACUUCCCUUAUAGACUCAUAUUCAAAGUGCGGAGAUUUAGCAUGUUCACGUCGUGUUUUUGAUGAGAUGGCUGAAAAAACUUUGGUUUCUUGGAGUGCUAUGGUUUCAGGAUACGGACUCCACGGGAUGGGAAGAGAGGCCCUCUCCAUUUUUCAUGAUAUGAUGGAUAUCGGUAUCACUCCAGAUGAGGGUGUUUUUACCUCUGUUUUGACAGCAUGUAGCCAUGCAGGAUUAGUUAAUGAAGGUAAAGAAAUAUUUCAUAGUAUGGAGAAAAAGUAUAACGUGCAGCCUAGACUUGCUCAUUUUUCCUGUUUAAUAGACCUUCUUGGCCGAGCAGGAUAUCUAGAUGAAGCCUAUGAGUUUAUCAAAGCAAUGGAAAUUAAACCCACAAGUGAUAUGUGGGCUUCUCUCCUUUCUGCAUGUCGGCUCCAUAAAAAUGUCGAGCUAGCUGAGCUUUCAGCCCAGAGAGUUUUUGAAAUGAACCCAAAAGGAGUGGGUAGCUAUGUAUGUCUUUCCAAUUUAUAUGCUUCCGAGAACAGAUGGGAUGAUGUGGAAAAGGUGAGAGCCUUGGUUAGACGGAAGGGACUACGGAAACCACCAGGCUUCAGCUUUACAGAGUUGGAUAAGGUGGUUCAUAGGUUCUUAGUUGGUGAUAAGUCACACGAACAGAAAGAUGCCAUCUAUGACAAGUUAAAUGAGUUGAGUCAGCGGCUCAAAGAGGUUGGAUAUAAGCCUGACACAAGUUCAGUGUUCUAUGAUGUUGAAGAGGAAGUGAAGGAAAAGAUGCUUUGGGAUCAUAGCGAGAGAUUGGCCAUUGCAUUUGCUCUAAUUAAUACGGGUCCAGGGGCAGUAAUUAGGAUCACCAAAAACCUUCGAAUAUGUGCAGAUUGCCACACUGUGUCGAAACUCAUUUCUAAGCUCAUGUGCCGUGAGAUUGUUAUGCGUGAUAUCCGUAGGUUCCACCAUUUUAAAGAUGGGCUAUGUUCUUGUGGUGAUUAUUGGUGACUGGUGAGUCAAGACUUGGAUGAAGUUGCAUGUAAGUAUGAGCUACAAGUGGAAAGACAGAUUAUUUUACUCAUGAAGCAUAUACCUUAAUUCGGUUAGGCAAAGCUGCAGAAGGUCAUUCAUUAGCAUCAUAAAUUCAGCAACUUUAUUUGACUGUAUGAAACUUGCAUUUCUUUCUCAUCUGGACGUGGUCUUGCUUAUUUAUGCUGGUGAUCUGGCCUAUAAAACUAUCAACGAAUCAGCAAGUGCACCACCAACAUUCACGUCUGUUUCUUUGUCGCAUGGGAAAGGUUCUGUUUGUUCAGUUGCUUUAAAAAGAUCCUCAAUUGGAAUUUUGGGUUUUGGUCGGUCCAAGGGAUCUGCAGGAGUGAUGUACUUUCUUGGAUUUGGAGAGUAAUUAUUCUGAGGGGGGAUGUCAGCAUUUACCAUUUUGAGAAUUUAUAGAAGGUCACUUGCCUGAUCAGCAUGGACUUUCUUCAUGAAUAUCUUAAAUAUCCAUUCCAAUGGAUCAUCUGAUACAUCCUCAAUUUUGACAGGAUCUCUCUUUGACCCCGUGUGGCCUUUCAUUUAAAUGACUUGGUUAUAAGCUGGAGGAUCAUAUCCUGAAAGUGGAUUUUGACCAGCAACUUCAAAAUGUUCUUCCUCCAGCCUCCACUUAAGACCUAGAGAUGUGACACAUCAAACACUCAGUUGUUCGCUAUCAUGCAUCAUUGGUUUACUUUUGCCUUAUGGUUGCGCAGACGAAAGAAUAUAGAAGUAAUGGUUUCCUUCUCUUUGUAUACUUCAUUCAAUGGCAUUAUCAUGUGUAGAUGUUUACUGUCCCAUGCACAUAUAAUUGUGGGGUGGUGCGGACGGGUUAGGUGUUGGUGUAGCGGGUAGUCCGCCAUUGACGAAUGAUAGUAAUAGUGAGUAAUUCUGUAAUUGAAAUGACAGAAUUGCUCGGUUUCUUUGAAAAAUCCACUAUAGUAAAUUCCUGAAUCCCUCCCCGUUCCCCCAAAAUAGUUAUCUGUUGUGUUAUCGACAUGCUCUGCUUUUGAUAUAUUGGUAACAUAAUGAUUGCAGGAAGCAGGUCAUUUAAGAAAGCAUUUGUUUGAUAUAAUAAUUCUACCUCAACUGCUGUUCGCCCGGCAAAGAGGCAAGUUGUCUGACACCAUUUGUGAGGUACUCCUUGUUCCACUUUGCCAGCUGGAACAUCCAAUUUCGAGCAUACCCUACAUUGCCACCACUAUGGAACUUACAUUAUUGCUUGAAUAUUUAGUGUACAAUGUUGGGUAAGUUGGAACAAACUCCUGUGCGGUCCAUUCCUACUGCUGUGGGUGUGUGGAUUCUGCGAUUCCCCGCUAGAUGUUCAGCAUAACCUGAUCAACUCUGCUGCUCUAAG